AAAAGCCGGCGUGGCCUCCCUUCCGUUCUCUCUGGUGCAGGAUAAUUGAACUUGAAGACGUCGGCCUUUAAAAAAUAAUCGUAUACGUGUUGCCAGGAGCAAUUUUGAGGUUAGGGAUUGGCUGACAGCGAUCGACGUGGGUCGGCCGAGUCCGCCGAACCGAGCCAAGCCCGAUCAUUCGUCCGACGUGUAUCCCGAGGAGAGACGCGACGUGUAUUUUGCCGAGAGGUUAUGGUCGCGAUGGGUGCAGCCGCCGCCGCGGAGAAUUCCGUCAUAAAAAUCAAUAAGUGGGACGGCUCAGCCGUGAAAAAUGCCUUGGACGACGCGGUCAAGGAUGUACUUACGAAGAAAUAUAACUACAUAGAAAAUUUUUCCCUCCUCGACGGAAGACUGUUCCUCUGCGGGAUCGCCGUUACAAUAGCCAUCGUAGCGUUGUUGUGCGAUUACUUGUAUCCAUUCCCGGCCUCCAAGCCUGUUUUAAUAGCCUGCGUCUCCUUCUAUUUCUUUCUAAUGGGACUCUUGACGUUGUAUACGACGUACAAAGAGAAGGGCAUAUUUGUAGUUGCAAUUCAAAGAGAUCCAGCAGGUUUCAAUCCUGACAUGAUUUGGGAGGCGAGUUCCUAUUUGAAGAAAUACGACGACAAGUACAAUCUGGUGCUGUCAGUUAGGAGCCCGGUGGGAAGCUUCAAUGAGGCAAGCGUGACCAAAUCCGUCGCGAAUUUCAUCGACGUUAACGGCGUGGUGAUACCGGAAUUGCUAGAGGCCGUGGUGAUGAGCAUGCAUGACAGUCUGACGUCGCAACGCAAGGAGAAGUAACAGUGCUCUCGAAUAAUAGAACGGGGAUAAACUAACCAGUAAAGGCUUUCUUCUCUAAAGUAAAUAAGGUUUUUUUUCGUAAGAAAUUCUGUUGCGUUCUUCGUGUUCUGUGAUACACACAGUUCACGUACACUUUUAAUCUCGUGUAACGAUGUAAAUAAUAUAAGAAAUAAGAAACCAAGCAUUUUCAUUCAUGUAUUGUAAUUAUUAUAUUCGACACUUGAAUGACGGGAACGGAAUUACAAAUCCUUUUCUAGACAAA